AUGUCAGCAGCCCCACAGAUCUUCAAUGUGUCAGCAGCCCCAGAUAGCUCUCAAAUGUGUCAGCAGCCCCACAGAUCUCUCAAAUGUGUCAGCAGCCCCACAGAUGGCUCUCAAAUCAGCCCCACAGAUAGCUUCAAUGUGUCAGCAGCCCCACAGAUAGCUCUCAAAUGUGUCAGCAGCCCCACAGAUCUCUCAAAUGUGUCAGCAGCCCCACAGAUAGCUUCAAAUGUCAGCAGCCCCACAGAUAGCUCUCAAAUGUGUCAGCAGCCCCACAGAUUCUCAAAUGUGUCAGCAGCCCCACAGAUCUCUCUAAAUGUGUCAGCAGCCCCACAGAUAGCUCUCAAAUGUGUCAGCAGCCCCACAGAUAGCUCUCAAAUGUCAGCCCCACAGAUAGCUCUCAAAUGUGUCAGCAGCCCUACAGAUAGCUCUCAAAUGUCAGCAGCCCUACAGAUAGCUCUCAAAUGUGUCAGCAGCCCUACAGAUAUCUCAAAUGUGUCAGCAGCCCCACAGAUAGCUCUCAAAUGUGUCAGCAGCCCCAGAUAG